AUGGCGGCGCGAGAGGUUACGGUGGUGUUCGGCGAGGAGCGGUUUGAAAUGGAAGUGGAGGUCGACAUGGGCGUGGAGGUGCUGCAGAUUCAGAUCUUCUCGCUCACAGGAAUCGAGCCGGAGAACCAAUCGCCCUCCCUGCCUGCUCGCAUCGCAGCCCUCCCUGCCUGCUCGCAUUGCAGCCCUCCCUGCCUGCUCGCAUCGCAGCCCUCCCUGCCUGCUCGCAUUGCGGCCCUCCCUGCCUGCUCGCAUCGCAGCCCUCCCUGCCUGCUCGCAUCGCAGCCCUCCCUGCCUGCCAUCCGGUCCCUCUCCUUGUCCUCCAACCCCUCCGUUGACCUCUCCUCGCCGCAUGCUGAUUUGGCCUCCCUCCUGCCGGCUAGUGGCGCGGUGCUGGUGCUGCACGAUAGGGGGAAUGGGGUGGUGCAAGGGGAGACGGGGGAGAAGGGGGCGGAGGGCGAGGGGGAAGAGGCAGGUCGUAAAGGGGAGAGUAGCAGAGAGGACGACGAGGAAUUUGCAAGGCGACUGCAGGGUUGGGAAGGGGAGAGCAGCAGAGAGGACGAUGCGGAGCUUGCAAGGCGACUGCAGGAGGAGGAGGAUGCAGCGUUGGCACAGCAGAUUCAGCAGUCAGAGGCACAUGCCAUGCAGGCCAUGCUGCAGCAGCUGCAACUGAGAGGGGGGCAGCAGCUGAGUGGGGGGCAGCAGCACGGUCAGGCAGCAUUGCAGGAGCGACUGCUGUCGCUGUGGAGCAAUGUCAUGCAGUACGAGGACCCAUCACGCCAGGCCAAGGCGCGCUCGCUCAUUCCCCUGCAGCAGCUAGAGGAGGCCGCUGCUGUCUCCCUUGCCAAGCAAGGCCAGUACCAGCCGUCAGAGGGAGAGUUUCGUGACGCUCUGUUGAGGCAGCUGCUGGUUUGGUUCAAGUCCUGGUUCAGAUGGGUGGACUCCCCGCCAUGCCCCCGCUGCCGCACCCCCACCUGUGCCUUCCACAGCAACGGCACGCCUUCGAAUGAGGACUUGCAAUGGGGGGGAAACCGUGUCGAGCUGCACAGGUGCAAGCAGUGCGGCACGGUGGCUCGCUUUGUGCGGUACAACGAUCCUGCCAAGCUCCUGGACACGAGGGAGGGUCGCUGUGGCGAGUGGGCCAACGCCUUCACUCUCUGCUGCCGGGCUCUGGGCUAUGAUGCCAGGCAGGCAGUGGAUUGGACGGACCAUGUGUGGACUGAGUGCUACUCGUAUGCCAAGCAGAGGUGGAUGCAUCUGGACCCGUGUGAAGCAGCCUUUGACACGCCUCUGCUCUACGAGAAAGGGUGGGGCAAGAAGCUGACAUACGUGUUCGGAGUGGGGAGGGAUGGAGUGGCUGACGUCGUUCGAAGAUACACACAGAAAUGGAGCGAGCUCCAGCACAGGCGGACAGAAGCAUCAGAGGCAGCUGUAGCAGCGGCAGUGGCAGCGGUGACAGGGAGGGCUCGAGCUGGGGUUAGUGUGGAUGAGAGGAAGCAGUUGGAAGAGAGGGAUGCGAGGGAGCAAGAGGAGCUGAGCGGAGGGAGGGGAGGAGGAGAUGAGGGAGGGGAGGGAGGGGAGAGGGAUGGUGUGGUGUUGGGAGGGAGGCAGACCGGUUCUGUGGAGUGGAGAGCAGCGAGGGGGGAACUGGGGUCGGAUAGGGAGGGUGAUGGGGGGGACAGGGGGAAAGAGGGGAAGGAUGGGAGGCUGGAGAGGAGGAUUGUGGAUGAGCACGUGGGAGCACUGCUGCUUGCUAUCUGGAAGGAGAGGGAGGAAGAGAUUCAGGGGAGAGAGGGGACAGGUUGGGUGAUAGGGGUGAAGGAGUGUGAAACUCAAAGAGAAGAGGGGACGUGUGGAAAUGGGAAAGGGGGAGCAGCAGGGGUGGGAGGAUGGAGGUACGGACAAAGGGCUGUGCUGGCAGCUAUGGGAUUACAAGCAGCACAGGAGGUGCUGCCACGUGUCAAGCAGGCAUUGGAGCAGAUGCGGACCGGGAGUGGUGGGGGUGGAGAUGCGGUGUGGCUGCAGGGGUUGGUGCAGCAUGAGAGGGUGUGCGGCGGUUGGGUAUCAGCAGAUGGGGAGAACCCUCCUAAUGAGAUGGCCAUAUCAGCAUGCGAUGCAUCGCUGCACACUAAAUGGCUGCAUCAUGAGGGAGGGAAAGGUACAUGGCUACAGUAUCGGCUCAGUGACUCUGCUCCUGUUACAAUCACCAUGUAUUCAAUCACAUCAGGAAAUGAUUGCCCAGAAAGGGACCCCUGCUGCUGGUCGCUGCAAGCCAGCAAGGAUGGCGGAAAGACUUGGAGCGUUCUGGAUGCACAGGCUGGUGUGCAUUUCAGCAGCAGGCAUCAGACUAAAGUAUUUACGAUCAGCCCAGCCAAGCAAACCCCAGCAACUUUGUUCAGGCUGGUCAUCUCAGCCGUCCAAGACCCGUCCUGCAGCUGCCUUCAGCUUGCCUGCUUUGACCUUUACACUGCACGCCAGCAGCCUCUGCAGACAGAUUAUGCGAAAGCACCCACAAGCACAGGAAUUGUGGACGGCAAAAGUCAAGAGGUCAAUAAUGAAUCUAAACUGCUACGAUGCAUCAUUUAUGCCUAA